CGUCGACAAGUUCCCAGCGAAAAAAGUAGCAGACAACCUUUGUGCCAAACUUCGGCGGAAUGUCUCACCGCCGAUGGACUAGGAGGAUGUUGCCUGCACUCCAAAAUGACGGCUUGGUGAUCUAGCAGACGACGUUUCACAAUGGAGUCGGUCGGCUUGACGACGGCUGAAGCGCUGCGUCGUCUUCACAAGUGUCUCAAAGAGGAACUGGACAUCUUCAGAAGCAAGGAGAGAAAUUCAGUAUGGCUGAGAAAAGCUUUUCAUCACGAGAACCCACAUUCCGUCUUCCGCUGGCCAAGUGCUCUUCUCCUGGUCUUCGAAGUCGUUGCAUUUGUAGUUGCAUACUCCCUCGGAGGGGGUGCCGUCCUUGUUGGAGACUCGCUGUUCCUCUGCUGCGUCCUGGCGCUCAAUCUCGUCGUCGUUGGCUGGGAUGCCAAGCUACAUCAGGUGGAGAUGCGGAACCGUGCUGACGCGCUUGUGGACACGCUCGCAAGCUGCUUGGGGAGUGGCGACAGCCCGGUGUGGAACAUCGAGGACCAUGCUCCGCUUUUCCAACCGCAGUCGCCAUGCAUCAGCCUCCAGUGGGCCAUCCGCGAUGGCGUCCUCGUCAACGUCCCUGUUCAGCUGCUGGUCGAAGGCGACGUCGUUGUUAUCAGGCCCGGUCACCAAGUACCAGGACGCUGUUCUCUCAUUACUAAGGGCAAGGAGCAGCUAGUGGUUCUCGAUGAAAAGGAGACCUUUGUUCCUGAAACAAGGGUUGCGGCCGGUGCCAGUUUUGCGGGGGCACGGCUGCGACGUCCUGUCGAGUCUAGGCGCUUCAUCAUGCUGGAGGCACCGUUCCUUAAAUACUUCAGGUUGUGCCUGGAGAACUCUCUGAUGCGUCCCGUGUCCACAUUCAGCAAGGAGCGCCACGUCAUCAACUGCCGGUACCUCGAGCGCAUCGUCAUUCCCGUGGUCCUUGUGCUCACGGGGGUGCUGAAGCUGGUGCAGUGGCGGUACCUGGGCGACCUCACGGGGGGCGCCAAGGACCUGGUGCUCCAGCCCGCGCUGACCGUGCUGCCGCUGCUGCCGCUCUCCCUGCCAGUGCUCUGGCUGGGGCUCCACGGCCUCGGCAACGCACGGCUGCACCUCAUGGUGGUGCAGGCUCAGCCUGGUCGGGACACGCUCGGCGACUGCGAUCCGGAAGAUCCAUUUGAGGAAGAGAACGAGGCCAGGUCGACCCAGCCCCAGGCCGUGUCGCCGUCGUGGAGUGAGCUCCGACCGCUGGUGGUGGCCCUGCUCCGCGGAAAGGCCCCGGACCUGUGGCGGACUUCGAGCCUACUCCACGUCCUCGGAAGCGUCACGACGCUGUGUUGCGUGGACAAGAAGGGCAUCCUGUCGUGGCCCAAUCCGACGCCGGAAAAGGUCUUCUUCCUCAAGCCUCCGCGGGCGCGCAGCGCAAUCCACGGAUCCAGCUUCGACAGUCCGGAUGCCACGAGGCUGCCGCCGCGGCCGGACGUUGUUCCGCAGGAUGGACCCGAGAAUCCGGACGUCACCUCCGGAGCUGGAGAUUCUGGACUCGAAGGUAGCGGAUACGUUCAGACAAUCCCAAAAAGCAGUCCGCGCCUCGACUCGAGGCACGCCACGGGGGGAUCCGCCAGCUACGAUCCGACGGACCACAUGUACCACCCGGGGAGCCAUGUGGAAGUGCUGGACCUCACCCACAGCAUGUCGUCGGCAUUUGGCGUGCAGUUCGACGACCCCCGGUGGAAGGACUACAUCGCCAACCUCAAGCCCCUCGGCCUUGGCAUCCUACUGAACACCUGCAACCCGGCGACACAGGAAAAGUAUGCCUGCUUCUCCGAUCACAUCGCCUGUGAAAGUCUGCACAAUGAGUCGGCAGUUCCGGUCGUCAACAAGAGGUGUCUGUGUGACCUGGCGGUUCAGAUGGGCUUCACGGAUCGUGCAGUGGAGGCUUACCAACACCUGCAGCAUAUUGCGCUCUUCAGGCAUGUGCAACCGGAGGUUGUCCAGAAAGGUCGUCUGGCGCGGUCGCUCAACUUCCCGCGACUCAAGAUGCCCUUCCCCAACAUGUGCUGCGCCGUCGUCAAAGAGGCGCUGUCCGGGAUGCUGCAGAUGUUCACGCAGGGCACGGCGGACCUGAUCCUGGACCUGUGCUCGGAGUACUGGGACGGCCGGGACCUGUGUCCCCUGAGCGACUCAGACCGCAAGCGCAUCCUGGACUUCUACCAGCGGUCCAGCCUGACCUCCUACUGCCUGGCCUUUGCCUACGCCCCGCUGCUGCCCUCCCUCCUCCUGCACCCCUCCCUCGAGGGUGCCUACCUGCAGCUGCCCCCCGACUGCAGUCACCUGUUUCCGUCGUCAAUGAAGAAGCUGGCGGGUCAGACGAACCUGGAGGUGGAGGCUGCCAAGCAGAGCCACCACCUGAGCACCGACUCCAUGUGCAUCGAGGAGGAGCAGUCCCAGGAGAAGGAGGCCAGCACCAAAGGCGGGGAGCGGGCUCUAGAUGCCACCGUCGAGCGCCUCAACAACCAGGUCUUCAUCGGCAUGGUCACCAUGCAGUACCAGGCGUGCCCCGACUUUGUGAAGUUGGUGGAACAACUCGAGGCUGCUUGUAUCCGCUUCGUCCAUUUCUCCAAAGAGAAUGAGCUGCGGAGUCGGGGUUUCUCGGAGAAGAUGGGACUCGAGUCUGGCUGGAACUGUCACGUGUCUCUGCUAAGUGAGAGGCACAGGACAGACAGCAGUGCUUCCACGUGCCAUCCUUCGCAGACGUCGGCACGUAGCCUUGUCUCUGCGCCGUUGACCGAUCUGGCGACACAGAAAGACCACCACGGGAGCUGCCCUACCGAAGGCAAGACUGCCGGCGGUCCACCUCGGAGUGUCAGCGCGCCAAACCUAUUCCAUUCUCUGACCACGACUCGCCGCCACGAGGAUUCACCGCAGUCACGGACGAGCGCCGAGGCACCGGAGAUGGGAUGCGUGGCAAAGAGCGUCACGGAGGCGGAACCUCUCUGGACCCAGGGCGACUCCGCGUGUCCCUCACCGAGCACCGCCACGGAGAGCAGCACCGACCGCGGAGCACCCGUCGCCUUUGACAUCUCCAAUCGGGCGAAGCUGCCCCGGGGCAUUGAGAACAUCCGGCCGCACAUUGAGAAUGUGGACAAUGUGCCGCUGCUGGUGUCCCUGUUCACGGACUGCACCCCCGAGGCCACCCUGGAGAUGGUGCGCAUCAUGCAGGAGUAUGGCGAGGUCGUCUGCUGCCUGGGCAGCGUGGCCAGCCUGCACAACCUGCCCGUCUUCCUCCAGGCAGACUGCAGCAUAGCGCUGGAGCCGCUGGCCCCGCAGCUGUGUGCGCGUCAACCGGCACCCGCCCCGCCCGAACAGCAGGACCCCUCGAACCCCAGGGGCUGGCAGCCGUCUCCGUGGGCCCUGGGUCACGCCCUGGGGUCCCUGCCCUGCGUGCUCAGCGCCCGCAGGGAGGACCGGCUCAGCCUCUACCACCUCAUCUGGGAGGCGCGCCACUUUGGCCAGGCGGUGCGCAGCGCUCUCCAGUUCCUCCUCUGUUGUUGCCUGAGCCUCUGCCUGGUCCAGGCGCUGGGCGCCCUGCUCGCGCUGCCGCCACCGCUGUCUCCCGCACAGCUGCUGUGGCUUCUCUGCGCCCUCCUGCCGGCAUUGGCGCUCGCGCUGGUGCUGGGGAGCCGGGCCCACGACGACCCGCGCGUCAUGACCAUCGCCACGGGGAAGAGCCACCCACAGGUCAGCCGCCAGGCGGUGCUGUUCUUCGUGUGCUGCUACUGUGCCAAGUUUUGCCCGUCGGUGCUGGUCGCCCUCGCCUGCUUCACCCUCGCCCUCGCCCGCUGUUGCCGGGCCAGCGGGCUGGAACCCUGCUGGCCGCACUUCGGGCCGGGGACGAAAUCAGCAGACAGUGAUCAAAUCCGUCUGUCUGGCCUAGCACUCUGCCAAAACCUGGCAGCCUUCCUUCUAGUCCUGUAUUUCGUUGUAAUUUCUAUGGGAUUCGUUCAUCGUUCCAAGCCCCUGUGGAAGCGGAACCCAGCAUCAAACCGGUGCUGGCUUUUCACCAGCCUUGCUGUUCUAUUGCUCCAGCUGGGCUUCUGCGCCGCCAACGUGUCGGCACGUGCCUCCACCCUCGUGUCCGACCUCCUACCGCUGGUGCCCCAGUACGUCUGGCUCACCGGCUUCCUGUGGACAUUCCUCCUGGUACCGCUCAAUGAGCUCGUCAAGAUCCAAGAGAUGAGGGCGAAUCGCCGUCAACAAAAACGGGCACGCCUCGAGUUUGGCACGAAGUUGGGAAUGAACUCGCCGUUUUGAGCAAGACUCCACCGUCGAGCAUCCCUUGGCAGGCACGUUGCACCCACUCCGCUCUCAAAGUCAUCGUCAAAAUCGACCUUGCGGGUGCAGCGAUGAGCCCACUUUUUUUUUUAACCUACAGACUGUGGGACUCGCUGAACUCAGCCUUUGUUCCAAGCACCAACAAAGAAAAACCAAACCAUAAUUGGGGGAGGUGGCAAGUACAUACCAGAAGCCACAGCAUCAAAUUUUAACUCUUUGCCAAACAACUAUAAUUAUAAUCGACCUUCUCACCAGCAUUCACUCUGCUAAAGUGGAAAGAGGUGGGAGGAACUUCACGCAAACUCUUAACCCGCCAUUGACAGUAGCGUGUUGUCAUUCGAUUUUUUUCCUUGUAUUUUUAUGGGAAGGUCUUUUUUUUUAGAUUUAAGAUUAAAAGGCAUCUCGCUGUGGCACAAAGUACAAAGAAAUGCCUAAAGCCACAGUCGAUGCUGCCUUUAGAAACUCGUGCAAAGAAUGUGGGUAGCUAGCAACGGUGCUUCCGUCGCAAAAGGUCUCAGCGAAAUCGCAAACUGCGAAUCAUUAGCACAAGCAUUAAAAAGAGGAUGGAGGAGAUGCA